UAUUUGCUGACCGGGAUAGGCCAUCUCUUUCGCUGCUUCCGACUCUUUCGCACGUUCAGUUUUGACGGAGUCUCAUCGGUGCUUUUACAUGACAUUUUUUGCAACAAUUUCCUGUUUUUCCAAAGUGAAGCUGCGUAGUUGUCUGACAAUUUGAGAAACUUUUGGGGAUUUUGUUCAAUCACACGGCUUACGAAAACCUGCAACAUCCCAUAAUUCAUAUGAACAUUACAUCUCCGCAGCAGAGUGCUUUUGGACCGAAAGCGGAAGAUGAGAAAAACGCGGCAAGCCGCAGAAUUUUCUGAAUUGAAGGAAUUGGUGUAUCAGCUAAGAGUAUCAGAUUUACAACAUAUACUUGGUGAACAUAACAUAAGUCGUAGUGGGCGUAAAAGUGAUCUGGUGGAACGAGUUCUUACCCUUGUUCGUCAAAACAUAUCUGUUCUAAAACACAAAGUUCGCGACCUUCAUCGCAAAGCCCAGCAGGAAACUUCAGGAAUACCUUCAGCGAUUCCCUUUAGCGUUGGUGAGCAGUCAUUCCAGGAUUCAAUUAGCACAGAGCCUAGACUUGCCAUAGCCGUACAAUCGUUCAUAUCGGCAGGAGGGCAGCACAUGAGCGGGGCCACUAGUAAAGUUGCGAAUUCACAACCGCAUCACAACAAUAAUCAUAUCCAAAGCGUCAACUCUGCUCGAACAGGACAAGCGAUGUAUCAGCAACAAUAUGCAAACGCUGUGCAGAGCGAAAAUCGCCCAGUGCACGCCAAUGGAAUCGGCUUACCUGGCUAUCCCGAAGCUACAACAGGCUUUCCAAUACACCCGGACGUUCGCCUAAAAAAAUUGGCCUUCUUCGAUGUCCUUGCAACGUUGUUGAAACCAACUACUUUAGCUUCUAGCAUUAAUAACCCGUCUCAACGUGUCCAGGAGGCAUCGUAUUAUUUCAGUCUUACUCCUCAACAAUCUACGGACAUAGCACUUAAUCGCGACAUACGCAACUCCAACAGGAUUGAGCACACUAUUCAAGUUCAAUUGCGGUUUUGCCUGCUGGAAACAUCUUGCGAACAGGAAGACUAUUUUCCACCUAACAUAGUGGUGAAAGUCAAUAAUAAACUUUGCCCUUUGCCUAAUCCCAUUCCAACCAACAAACCAGGCGUCGAACCAAAAAGACCACCCAGGCCUGUCAAUAUUACAUCGAAUAUCAAGUUAUCUCCUAUAGUUUCGAAUCAUAUAACCGUAUCAUGGUGCACGGAAUACAAUCGAGGCUAUACUGUGAGCUGCUAUCUUGUACGGAAAUUAUCUUCGCCCCAACUUCUUCAACGAAUGAAAUCCAAAGGAAUUAAAGCUGCAGAUUUUACCAGAGCAUUAAUCAAAGAAAAACUCAAUGAGGAUGCUGACUCUGAAAUCGCUACUACUAUGCUCAAAGUAUCAUUGAUAUGCCCUCUUGGAAAAAUGCGUAUGAGCACACCGUGCCGUGCUUCUACCUGUUCUCACCUGCAAUGCUUUGAUGCAUCACUGUAUCUUCAAAUGAAUGAACGGAAACCAACCUGGAAUUGUCCAGUGUGUGACAAACCGGCAAUUUAUGACAAUUUAGUUAUUGAUGGUUACUUUCAAGAUGUGUUGGCAUCCACAAAGUUAUCAUAUGACGAUAACGAAAUACAACUACACAAGGAUGGAUCAUGGAGCACACAUCUAAAACAAAGUGAUACGUUUGACAAUACCGCGGGGAAAACUGUACAGAAGGUGGAAGUUAUAUCUGAUGAUAUAGAAUUAAUAACAAACGAUCCACCAAAAACCAGUAUCAUCACACAAUCUUCUGUAUCCGUAGUCAAUGAACCAACUUCAACUACUACUAGUGAAACAGUUGACUUAACACUUAGUGAUUCGGAAGAUGAAGGACGUUCAAAUCGUAAAACCAACUGCCGAUCGAUCAUUAGUUCCAAUAAUCCUACGUCUUCCUCAUCAAACUCAUCAAUGAUUGGUCACCAUUCGGCUGGAUCUAAUACACCUGUUCGAACAAAAGAAACUGAAGAUCCUUCAUCAUCUGUGAUCUCAUUAGAUUCACCUUCACCACCAUCAACUCCCAACCCAGCUCAUAAUGGAAAUAAUAAUGAUGUAUCGUCGACAACGACACCACUGCUAUCCUACCAUCAAAAACAAUUAUCUCCUGCUGGAUCGACUGGAGAACAAUCGAAUAAUUUUCACAUUAAUCCUCCCUCCACGCAGAGAUAAGAAUCGAUUUUGAAAAUUAAAAUUAUUUCUAUAUAAGUUCUUAUUUUUCACCAAUUGCUUAUAAUGAUUUUGAAAAGAUUUAGUAAUACAAUUUACAAUUGCAACAGCGAUGCACUGCUUUCUGCCGAUACUAACGACUUUAUCGGAUUGGGAAGUUUGGAUUUAAGAAAAAAAUUGUAUUUAAAUACGACCUAUCUAAUAAAUAUAUGUGUUUAA